AGCGUCCGCACUCCGCUGACCCCACACCCGUCUCGGUGUCUGCAGCCUCCUCCACUUCCUUCCUGGGCGACGAGAACCAGCGGCCAGAAAUCCAUCAUGUCUAUCCUCAAGAUGCACGCCAGAGAGAGCUUCGACUCCCGUGGAAAUCCCACCGUUGAGGUCGAUCUUUCCACCGCCAAAGGGCUCUUCAGAGCUGCUGUGCCCAGUGGUGCCUCCACUGGGAUCUAUGAGGCCCUGGAGCUGCGGGACAAUGAUAAGACCCGGUAUCUGGGCAAAGGUGUCUCAAAGCACAUCAAUAAAACGAUUGCGCCUGCCCUGGUUAGCAAAAAGGUGAACGUGACGGAACAGGAAAAGAUCGACAAGCUGAUGAUUGAGAUGGAUGGAACUGAGAAUAAAUCAAAAUUUGGUGCAAAUGCCAUUCUGGGCGUGUCCCUCGCUGUGUGCAAGGCUGGAGCUGUUGAGAAGGGAGUCCCCCUGUACCGUCACAUUGCUGACUUGGCUGGCAAUUCCGAAGUUAUCCUGCCAGUUCCUGCUUUCAAUGUGAUCAACGGCGGCUCCCACGAGCAACAACUGGCCAUGCAGGAGUUCAUGAUCCUCCCCGUCGGGGCAGCCAACUUCAAGGAGGCCAUGCGCAUCGGGGCCGAGGUGUACCACAACCUGAAGAACGUCAUCAAGGAGAAGUACGGCAAGGAUGCCACCAAUGUUCGGGAUGAAGGCGGAUUUGCCCCCAACAUCUUGGAGAACAAAGAAGCCCUGGGGCUGCUGAAGAAUGCUAUUGGGAAAGCUGGUUACACCGACAAGGUGGUGAUUGGCAUGGACGUAGCUGCCUCCGAGUUCUUCAGAUCUGGGAAAUACGACCUAGACUUCAAGUCUCCUGAUGACCCCAGCAGGUACAUCUCACCUGACCAACUGGCAGACCUGUACAAGUCCUUCAUCACGGACUACCCAGUGGUGUCUAUCGAGGACCCCUUCGACCAGGAUGACUGGGACGCUUGGGCCAAGUUCACUGCCAGUUCAGGGAUCCAGGUGGUAGGGGAUGAUCUCACAGUGACCAACCCGAAGCGAAUCGCCAAGGCCAUGGGUGAGAAGUCGGGCAACUGCCUCCUGCUCAAAGUGAACCAGAUCGGCUCCAUGACCGAAUCUCUGCAGGCGUGCAAGCUGGCCCAGUUCAACGGAUGGGGCGUCAUGGUGUCUCAUCGUUCUGGGGAGACAGAGGAUACUUUCAUUGCUGACCUGGUGGUGGGACUCUGCACUGGACAGAUCAAGACUGGUGUGCUGUGCCGAUCUGAACGCCUGGCCAAGUACAGCCAGAUCCUCAGAAUUGAAGAGGAGCUGGGCAGCAAGGCCAAGUUUGCUGGCCAGAAGUUCAGAAAUCCCCUCGCCAAAUAAGCUGGGCAGGCAGACCUCUGGUAGUCCCUCCCCCGAGCCUGUCGGUGUUCUCGCCGCUUCAUUAGAGUUGCCCCCGCAGCCAAGCCAGACCAUCUGGACGCCUGUUGGAAACCCCCGCUUUGUGAUCCUGUGACAUCCCAACUCCUCGCCCUUCUCUCAAGCUUCCCACCAAGUGUCCCAGUGGCAUCCCGAGGUGUCAACAGGCAGUGGUUUUGUUUG